AUGCUUUUUAGUUUUUACCAUUCGUGCAGUUAAAAAAAAACGUUGCAAUCUCGUCUACAGCGACAAGUAUAAAACGAUUCCCAAUUUGUCCAGCAAAUUAUUGCAGAGCCGUUCGCUGUUGGUGAUUGAUCUCCCCCAUCUUCCAAUUAUUUGCUUAUCAUGUCUCUCCUACCUUUUAACGAUCCCUUCGACAGCAUGAUGGAUCCAUUCAAUCAGCUCACUCAGUUCGAGCCGAUGCAAACAUUGGAUCCUUUCUUGAACCGAUUCAACAUUGUUCCGCGGUCAAUGAGGAGAUCGAUGCGUCACAUGGAUCGUGAACUUGGAAAACUUUUAUCCAGCGUCAAGGAAGACGACAAAUCGUUUCAGGUGAUGGUCGAUGUUUCGCAUUUCCAGCCAAACGAGAUCUCUGUGAAGACGACCGACAAUAACAUCAUUGUCCACGCCAAGCAUGAGGAACGCAAGGAUCAAUUCUCACACGUCUCGCGGGAAUUUCGUCGUCGUGUUACCAUUCCCCAAGGCGUAAAUCCCGAGACGGUGACGUCCACUAUGUCGCCCGAAGGAAUUUUGACCAUUAUGGCUCCAAAAAUUAUGCUUGAAGGUUCUAAAGAACGAGUCAUCCCAAUUACCAUGACUCAGACUGCUGGAUCAACUAAUCCUCCGACUCCAAUCCAAGGAAAUUAGGACGUUGGCGCGUUUGUUGUCAAAAGAAAAAAGAAUCGUCUAUUUUCAUUUUUCCUUUUCGAAAAAAAGUUGCAGUUAUAUAGGUGUGAUGGGUAUGGGUGAUUGUGUUUGUUGAUAUAUGUUGUUCGGCUUAAAAUACAGAUUUCAAUAACUAA